AUGGUAGCUGCUGAAUACAGGCCUUUAGAGGGCGAUGAUGAUAUACCCAUCCACAUCAAUGCAACACCACCAACAGCGACAACAACAGCACAAUCGACAUCAACAGCUAUCACACCACAUCAUUUCAUUCAACCCGCCACGAUCUAUGUACAAGACUAUGAACAGCAACAUGCAACUGCUUCGCCGUUUAGUUGCGUUAUCAAUCUAGCAAAUACUAUCCUGGGAACAGGUAUGCUUGCUAUGCCGUCAGCGAUGGCAUCUGUGGGUAUUUUACCCGGUAUUUUGUUGAUUGCCUUUUCAGCACUGGCGUCAGGAACGGGGCUUUACUUUUUAACGAGAUGUGCAGCACGAACAGAAGGGAGAAAUGCAUCCUUUUUCGCCAUAUCCAAACUGACAUGGCCCAAAGUAGCUGUGCUGUUUGAUUUAGCCAUCGCCAUCAAGUGCUUUGGUGUAGCCGUGUCUUAUUUGAUCAUUAUCGGUGAUCUCAUGCCGCAAGUAAUAGGUUCAUUCUCAAACCAUGCCAGUAUUGCCUAUUUCCUCACAGACCGACGUUUCUGGAUCACGAUAUUCAUGUUGACAUUAGUAUUACCGCUGAGUUUCCUGAGGAAACUGGAUUCACUCAAAUAUACGAGUUUAGUGGCAUUAGUAGCUGUUGUAUAUCUCUGUGUCAUUGUCAUCUAUCACUACUAUUCGCCUACAUACCCAUCGCCACCAUCAGAUGCCAUUCAAUUGGGUACUUUCAGCAUCAAUGUCUUGGGACAUAUACCGGUAUUUGUGUUUGCAUUUACAUGCCACCAAAAUAUUUUUUCGGUUUACAAUGAGCUCAAGGAUAACAGCAAACAAUCAAUUACAAAUGUGAUUACAGUGUCCAUUGGCAGCUCUGCCUUUAUCUAUGAAGCCAUUGCUAUUCUCGGAUAUCUGAGCUUUGGCAAGGAUGUGAGGGGAAAUAUCAUCAUGGAGUAUCCUCCCAGCUACUUUGUUGCCGGUGGUCGAUUAGCCAUUGUGAUAUUGGUGAUAUUCAGCUAUCCAUUGCAAGCUCAUCCGUGUAGAGCAUCACUGGAUAAAGUGCUGGCCUGGGGAUCAGCUUCAGCAAGAGGAUCCAAAGUACCACCACCACCAUCUGCUUUUAAAUACUUUGCCAUGACAACGUCCAUAUUGAUCCUGAGCUAUAUUGUCGCCAUCACCGUAACCGAGCUGGAUCUGGUCUUGUCUUUCGUUGGAUCUACUGGAUCGACCACCAUCUCAUUCAUAUUGCCAGGCUUGUUUUACUACAAGAUACAUGAAAAUGAUUCCUGGAAACCAGGCAAGAUUAUUGCUGUAUUAUUAGCUUCCUAUGGUAUCUUUGUUAUGACAGUAUGUCUAACAUUUAAUAUUAUGCGCCUCACCAACCAUGUUACAGCAUGA